AUGGAGGUCAACAAAUCUUCCGCUGAGAAUGACAGCAAUGGAACUUCACGGGAUAGCAGCAACAGCAAAUCUGACAACUGCAAUGGCAGCAAAACAGAGACCAGCAACAACAAAAUGGACAGCUCCAACUCUAGUUGUAAAACUGGCAACAGUAAUGGGUCUACACAGCCACGGAAAAGAAGUCGCUUGGACCUGUCGAGCCUUACAUCCCGGCAGUACCUGGACCAGACUGUGGUGCCGGUCUUGCUUCAGGCCUUGACUAAGCUGAACAAGGAGCGUCCUAGUGACCCUAUUGAUUUCAUAGCUAAUUAUCUACGCAACCACAGUGAAAACAUUUGUGAGGGAAACAGUAGUGCAACCGCCUAG